AGACAAUACAGAGUUUGGUUCGACGUCUUGGUUACACUGUUGCAGGAUAUUCAUUUGAGGAUCUAAAGCAAAGUAAAGAGGAUGGGGAGAAAUACUAUAAUCAAUUAUCAGAUGAAGAAAGGGCGAAAUUUGAUGAAGAGACAUUACUUAAUCUGAACAAUACAGAAAAGAGAAGUAUAAAAAUCCAGAGUGAUAUGUUUAGCAAUGAAUACUUUGAUGUAAAGGAGAUUAACGAGGGAAGGAAAAUAUUUGAAGAAGAGAGACUUCUCAAUGGGUUUGGCAACGAAUACAUAGUGAUAACAAUCUUGGUUGCUGCUAAAGGAGCACAUAAGCUUCCUAACAUAAAUGGGGCUGAAGAUUUGAAGAUAGCCUUACAAAAGCUCAGGAGCCUUCUCUCAAGCAAAUUAUUAGCUGGUGAGGUGUUGUGGACCCCACAAAAGGAGGAUGACACCCUUUCAAAACAAAAACUACUUGAAGACUACCCUCAAUUAGCAAAAGGCAUGAGAAGCUUUCUAGUUAAGAAACACGAAUGAAACAAAAAGGGCAAUGUGAGCUUGGUUCCGUUUGGUGUGUCAAAUUAUUCCCUAACUUCGAUUUUUUCAGGUUUUAAAAAUUAAAAAAUCUUUAUACAAUAAAUAUAAUUUGAAUAUUUUCUUAGGUUUUAUAUGUUAAUCUUUUUUGUUUGUUACAUUUAAUUGUAUUGCAAAUCGUUAAAGAAAUUUAACCUAUAUUAUUAUUUUUAUAUGAA